ACCAAAGGAUAAGUCUUGAAAACAUGAUUCCUGCAACUGUUCACACUGUCCUGAGUGCUCUGUAUUUAUGCUGCCACAGAAAGAACUGGUUGCACUCAGAGGAGAAACACCAGAAACACUAAGGACUGAAAUGCGCUUGCAGCUAAAGUAUCCUCAUCAUGAAUAGGUACACAACUAUCAGACAGCUUGGUGAUGGGACCUACGGCUCUGUCCUCCUAGGGAGAAGCAUUGAAUCUGGAGAGCUAAUAGCAAUUAAAAAAAUGAAGAGAAAGUUUUAUUCCUGGGAGGAAUGCAUGAACCUUCGAGAGGUUAAGUCUUUGAAGAAAUUAAACCAUGCCAAUGUAGUAAAGCUGAAAGAAGUUAUCAGGGAAAAUGAUCAUCUGUAUUUUGUGUUUGAAUACAUGAAGGAAAAUCUUUAUCAGUUAAUGAAAGAAAGAAACAAACUUUUUCCUGAGUCUACGGUUAGGAAUAUUAUGUAUCAGAUCCUUCAAGGGCUUGCAUUUAUCCAUAAGCAUGGGUUCUUUCACAGAGACUUGAAACCUGAAAACCUCCUCUGUAUGGGACCAGAACUUGUGAAAAUAGCAGACUUUGGCUUAGCCCGAGAAAUCCGCUCUAGACCUCCUUACACUGAUUAUGUAUCCACAAGAUGGUAAGUGCUAC